GCAAGUCAUUCAGUUGCAAUGUUACCAAUCGCUAACGUCUAUUUUAGUGUACUGUUUGGUUAUGAUUGCUGAUGUAAACAAUAAAAUAAAAUUUGUUUAUAAAACUUGAAAAUACAGUGUAAGUUAUUGAAUAAAUAAAAUGAAGUGACAAGUUAUAUAAUUGAAUCGUGUAAGUCAGUAAGUGAAGAUGAACGCAAAGCCGAAAUUUUUGGCACCAGGUGAAAACAGUUGGCAAGAAGAUAGAGCUGAUAUUGAUGCUCAUGUUUCUACACAGUUUGUUUACAAUCCCAAUCUCUCCUUGGCUCUUGAUCUUCAACGAAAGAGGCUGCCUAUUUUUAAACUAAGGAAUCAUAUAAUCUACUUGUUAGAAAAGUACCAAACACUCGUUCUUGUUGGAGAAACAGGAUGUGGAAAAAGCACACAAAUUCCUCAAUAUUUAGUGGAAGCUGGAUGGACACUGGAUGGGAAAACCGUGGCAGUAACGGAGCCACGAAGGGUAGCUGCAACAUCUUUAGCUAACCGCGUUGCCGACGAACGCAACUGCGUACUUGGUGCCGAUGUCGGCUACGCUAUUCGCUUCGACGACUGCACCGACGACUCUACCAAAAUCAAGUAUCUGACGGAAGGCAUUCUGCUUCGAGAGAUGAUGGCCGAUCCUCUGUUGACACGCUAUAGCGUCAUCAUGUUGGACGAAGUUCAUGAACGAACGAUGCUCACUGACAUUAUUAUGGGCUUGCUCAAGAAGAUUCUUAGGAAACGUCCAAGUCUCCGUGUAAUCGUCUCAUCAGCGACAGUAGAUGCCGAAGAGCUUCGUGACUUUUUUAACAGCAACACACGGCGUAGCAAGAAACAGCAACAAGAUGACAAAGAUACAGCAACGAUUUUAAGUGUUGAAGGUCGCUUGUAUCCAAUUAACAUAUAUUACGUAGUCGAACCAGUAGCCGACUACGUUAAAGCUUUGGUCGACACUGCUUUGAAGAUCAACGAAUCCGAGGAUCAAGGCGACAUCCUUGCCUUUCUGACUGGUAUGGAAGAGGUCGAUCGUGCUGUUCAACUACUUUCCGAGCAUGCCAAGAUCGUCAAGGAAGGGCAACCGAAACUCUUAGCUCUGCCCAUGUAUGGCUCACUGCCGAAUAACGAGCAGCUCAAGGUAUUUCAUCGUGCACCAAAUGGUACAAGAAAAGUCGUCAUUGCUACUAAUAUUGCUGAGACAUCGAUUACUAUACCUAACAUCGUUUAUGUUAUCGAUUGCGGUUUCGUUAAGCUGCCGUGGUUUGACGUGGAAACACAAACGAAUAGUUUGAUUGUAGCACCGGUAUCGAAAGCUUCUGCUGACCAGAGAAUUGGAAGAGGUGGUCGAGUAAGAUCGGGUAAAGCUUAUAGAUUGUACACUCAAGAAGCGUACAAUGAGCUAAUUGACACAACACCGCCAGAGAUGCAGCGUUCGGAUCUUGCGCCAGCUGUUCUUCAAUUGAAAGCACUGGGCAUCGAUAAUGUAUUGAGAUUCAAUUUCCCAUCGGCACCACCAAGCAAGAGCUUACUUUCAGCUCUUGAAUUACUUUACGCAUUAGACGCGAUCGAUGACAAUGGUGAACUUACGAAUCCUCUUGGACUUAUCAUGGCAGAAAUACCACUCGAACCUGUGUUUGCCAAAUGUCUCAUUGCUUCUGGUGAAAUGGGUUGCUCCGAUGAAAUAACAACGAUUCUGUCAAUGCUUCAAGUGCAAAAUGUAUUUAUACGUCCAGGAGGUGGACAAGCAUCAAUAAAAGCUCGCGUGGCACAUCGAAUGUUCGAAGUAGAGGAAGGCGAUUUACUAACUUACCUCAAUGUCUACACGGCUUACGAAAAGAACAAAGUAAAUAGCUGGUGCCAAAAGUAUUUUCUCAGUAAUAAGGCACUGAAGAGAGCAACGGAAAUUCGCACACAAAUGCGCAAAUUAAUUAAAAAGCUAAAUAUUCCUAUUGUGUCAUGUAAUGGUAAUACCGAGAUUAUUCUCAAGUGUAUUACGGCUGGACUUUUUUCUCAUGCUGCUUACUUGCACUACAGUGGCGUUUACAAAACUGUUAGAGGGAAUCGGGAUUUGUACAUUCAUCCAAACAGUUGUCUUUAUACUUUGGAGCAGCCUCAAUGGGUACUAUUCAGCGAAAUUUUACAGACCAAUAAGUUUUAUAUGAGAGAGUUGACUGUGAUAAAAGCCGAAUGGUUGACAGAAUUAGCACCGCACUUUUACCAGAGGACAGCUAUUGAUCCAACGUGAACGUUUCAACGUUCAUUUCUCUGUAUUAUAUUGGAAUAUAAUAAUAAAUUAUUUUUCUACUCGCAUCAUUGAAAAAAAUCUUAACAUCUUUUAUCGGGCAUCCGAUUUUUAGAAAGCCAAGUUAUAAUGAAGUGUUUUUAUGUGU